UUUAUCUUGACUACAGUGAAUUUCUUUGGGACACAGUGACAGCUCCUGAGGUUUGAGAGCAGACGGAGAAGAGUGACUUAAUCGGUGAACAAAUUAUACUUCUGAAAGAAAAUAGCAAAAUCUCGUGAACGGAGCCAAUUGUUGGAGCCCAACACCAAGGCAAGAUGAUCAUUAAGCAUGGAUGCGACAUCAAGUCUGGCGAGCUGGACACCAGUAGGUACUCUUCGCCCAUGCCAGUCGUUGGUCUUUACAUCGCUUUGGCUUCGGUAUCUUGCCUAUUGCUCACAACAAUUGACAUGAUCACCGGUUUCAAAGCGAUUGGCAAGAAGCCAAGGCAAAAAUUCUGGUUUCCCUGCAAAUGGUUUGGUGUCAACUCGGCCACACUAACUCUGUUGUCGGCGGCAACUAAGAUACCGGUGGAUCUAAACACGGCCAUGCCAGGCCUUCACCACCAGCUCACCAAGCUCAGUGGCACCGUCAUGCUGUCCGUAGCAACAGCGUUUUUCUUGCCUAGCUUUGGCAAAAUGAAUGUUGAAGACACACUCUGGAACUUAGCUUCCCUCCUCAUUCUGGUUGUCACCACGGCUGUGAACAUAAUCAUACAGAUGGGAACAGGCGUAGUCUUUGCCUUCCUACCCGAGCAUGUCCUAGUCUUAGGCUUUAUGCUGUUUAUUUUGAUGAAUGUCCUCAUUACAACACUAAGCAGUGAAGGCAUUAAGAACGCUUUGGAGGAAAGCUUUGAGGAGGUCUCAAAACAAUUCUAUUCUGUGAUAAAAAGGUUGGAAGAAUGCAAACCAAGUUCAGUGAAGGAAAUUGAAAAGGGCAUGGACUUGUGCAGGGAGGGGGUCAGACGCCGCUUGUACGUGAAGUUUACGAAGUAUGCAAGAGACAUAGAAUAUGUCAUCAUUCGUUCCCCACAUGGCAGCACAGUGGGAAUUCUCUCAAUUCUAAGUGCUCUAGUUCUUGUGGAAGCAGAGCUCAGGGCACUUGUGAUGUGGCAAAUUGAAGGAGGAAGAAGUGACAAAGGAAGGGGAGGAAUGCAGGCUUUAUUAGGCCUUUACUUAUGUCGAGGGGACUCCGAUUACAAAUGGUCUGUGUGGCUCGUGUUGGCGUCACAGACCCUCUUCGUCAUCUUAGUCACCAUCCCCAUGCUUUUCAGGUGGUUCGAAAGCAUUAGGUUUGUUCGCCACCCCAUUGGAAAAAUGCCGAAAUGGAGUUACCUUCUAACAUCCGAGUCGAAGAUGUUGAAAUCGUCAUACAAGCGGGUGAUCAAUAUUGUCUGUGAGUUCUUUGCAGGCGGUAAAGAAACCAGCCGAACCUCUAUUGGCUGCUUUCUAUCGAGCAUAGGGAUGUUCAUCCUCUCUUUGCUACUCUUGGCAUCAUUGCUAAGCAGGAUCGUCAGCCGCAGCUCCUCCAUUCUUCCUUGUUUUAUCUUUUGGUUGUUUAAAAAAUGUGGUACCGGGGAGAUCAGAGAGACACUCGCUUACGUGGCGGUGCAUGUACACAACGAGGAGGAGGAUGACUUCCACGAUUGGCUAUACAGAAGGCACAAGAAUGAGGUUGAUAAGGAGAUGUCCUUGCUGCCAAGUCCUUCGACUGUGACCAAUCCCGACCCUCUCGGAAAUCAGGAUGGUGUAAGUGAAUUGAAGGAGCUCCUAUCUAAUUUUACGUCCGAUACCAACUUGAUAAUCCCUUACCCAGUUAGGGACUUGCUACUUAAUAUCAUGGACUUUAAAGAAUGCAACUGUGCAAACACAUUAUUUAGUAUGGCAGUGCUUGAGGAGAUUAGGGAUGUCUGGAAACCGGGAAGUGGGGAUGAUGAGUCGAUGAACCGGUUUGUGAGCUGCCAACGACAUUUGGAUGGCUCGCUGCUUCGGAAGAUCAGGGGUGCUGAGCAACUCGUUCGAUACAUCGAUCAGUAUGGGCUUGGAAAGAGCUUGGCUUCUUCCGCCACUAUGGACUGGCAUGCACCGAUUUAUCGGGAAUACAAAGACGAGCUCAACUAUUUUGAUCAAGAGAAGAUUGUCGAAAGAUACCCACCUGCUCUUUACCGGUUCGUGGCAAGAGUUUUGGCUAACGUCCCACACGAGGAAGAAGUUGCACAGUACAUCGAGUCUCAAUUAUGUCCACAGCUUGUUCACUUGAUACUAUCCGCCCUCACCCACAUUUUCAUUGCAGUGUCUCGUGCCAUCUCCCCUUCUAAAGGCAACGGAACCUUUGAAGACGACAUUGAGAAGGAGAAGCUGGCCAGCACCAUGGGUGUCCUCCAUGUAUUCGACCAACUCAAAGAACCUCUCUUUGCGAUGCUCGCAGAAUGCUACAGUUCUGGCUGUAGUUUGAAGGAACUCGCGAUCUCCAAUGAACGGCGCACUACCUGUAUCUCUCUCCACCCAUGGGAGGAGCACGCAUUCUUUACUGGUCCUUACUCAACCCCAUUCCCCGUGCUUCACGACUAGUUCAGGACAAAUAUUGAGAAAUGUGGUUUCGGAAGGUUGGGGAUUUCACUGGCAUUCAUCACCCAUGAACUUAUUGUUUUACUUGAUGGUGGCAUGAAAAGCAAAAUAGUAGCAUCGACCAAAGAAUUUGUUCGCAGCCUGGAGGGCUAUUGGAGGAUCCUCUAUUUCAUAGACGUAGCCGCAGAUCUUGGGAGUGUACUGGGUAUUUGCCACAUCGCACCAAAUUACAACUUGGACCUCUUAGUCAAAACUCGAAAGGAAAACCUGUUGUGGCAACGAUUACUGUAUCCUGAUAAGGGAGAGGAAAGUUUUCAUUCUGAUACAUCCUUGCCUCCCCUAAACAUCGACCGCAUCACUGAAGCUCUUAAUCAUCUGGGCACUUCCACCAAUAUCAGCAACUGGGGUUCCUCGAUAGACGAGCAAUUCGAUGUCUCUCUUGAAGUAUUGCUGAAGCAAAUAUGUGAUGCAAUCUCUAAGGAUGUUGUUCAAGGAGGGAAACACUAUGACUUAACCGUCUUAUCAGGUGACCUGAAAAAGGAAAUUCUAGCAGUCAUAUUCUGUGCCCUCAUCCGCGUCUUUCCAGCAAUCGCGGCACACAUCUGCCAACAUCCUGAUCGCACCAUCUAUGAGCACCCACAAGCCGAUUAUUGUAGGUAUGUUAAAUUUUGGGAGCUGCACGAAGUUGAGCAGUACAACUGGUUCAGGACCACGCA